AUGGUCGCACAGGUGGAAAGAAAACGAUUAACUGCGGGUCUCACGGUCACGCAGAAGGUGUUUGUGCGCUCGAGAAAUGGGGGUGCCACCAAGAUUGUCCGCGAGCACUACCUCCGCGAUGACAUCCCGUGCUUGUCCAAGUUGUGCAACCUCUGUCCGUCGAUCAUGAAGCCGGACGCGAAGGGCGAGUUCCAGAAGUUCACAUUGUCAGACACUCCGCUCAAGCUUGCUAAUGGUGGCCACCACUACCUCGUGUUGGAUACCAACAUCGUGCUCCACGCCAUCGACUUGGUAGAGAACGUGCACGGCUUCUUCGAUGUGCUUGUGCCGCAGACCGUCUUGGAAGAAGUCAGGAACCGCUCGGUGCCGAUCUACACUCGAUUGAGAGCCUUGUGCAAGAGUGACGACAAGCGCUUUGUUGUGUUCCACAACGAGUUCUCCGAAGACACCUACGUCGCCAGAGAGGCGAACGAAUCAAUCAACGACCGAAACGACAGGGCCAUCAGACGCACCUGCUCGUGGUUUCAAAAACACUUGAAUGAUAACAGCCCCCAGCUCUCAGUUAACAUCAUCUUCCUCUGUAACGAUAAUGACAAUAGGGCCAAGGCUAUCACUGAAGGUAUCGAUGCGCGCACUCUUGCCGAAUAUGUCGAGGCGUUACCGAAUGCCGAUGAAUUGCGUGACUUGGUACCAACCGACUCAUCCGAGUUGCAGCGCGUCAACGAAAUCGCAUAUCCCGAGUAUUAUUCGACCGCGCGCCUCAUGGGCGGGAUCAAGAACGGGACCCUCUACCAGGGGAUUGUCAACAUUUCGUCCUACAACUUCUUGGAGGGUGCAGUUAACGUGCCGUCCUUCAAGAAGCCGUUGUUGCUUUUGGGUCGCGAGCGUUUGAACCGAGCCUUCAACGGGGACUCCGUGGUGGUCGAGUUGUUGCCAAAGUCGCAGUGGAGAGAGCCUUCAUCGCAGAUCAUCGAGGAGUCGGCCGUUGAGGCUAAUGACACCCCCGAAGACGAGGAAGAGCUCAAGAUUUCCGACCAGGAACGCCGUUUGUUGGCCCAGGACGCCAUGGUCUCCCACAAAACUCAGCCAACCGACGAAGUCGCCUCCCGCAUCCAGCCGACGGCCAAGGUUGUGGGGAUCAUCAGACGCUCGUGGAGAUUCUACGUGGGCCAGAUUGCCCCAACCUCCGUGAGCGAAAACUCCGGGAGCGCACCAUCCAACUGCUUCGUCAUUCUCAUGGACAAGUGCUUGCCAAAGAUCAGAAUCCGCACCCGAAAGGCGCCGGAGUUGCUCGGUAAGCGGAUCGUCGUGGCCAUCGACUCGUGGCCCUCAACCUCUAAGUUUCCUGAGGGUCACUUUGUCAGAUCCUUGGGCGAUGUUGAGUCCGCCGAGGCCGAAACCGAGGCAUUGUUGUUGGAGCACGACGUCGAGUACAGGCCGUUCAGCAAGAAUGUCUUGGACUGUUUACCGUCUGAGGGCCACGACUGGAAGGUCCCGACCGAUCUCGACGGAGACGAGUUUAUUAAGAAGAGAAAGGACUUGAGAGCAAAGUUGGUGUGCUCGAUCGAUCCGCCAAACUGCCAGGAUAUUGAUGACGCGUUGCACGCGCAGCUCUUGCCGAACGGAAACUAUGAGGUGGGGGUCCAUAUUGCCGAUGUUACCCACUUUGUCAAGGCCGGGACGGCUUUGGACGCUGAGGGCGCCUCCAGGGGAACGUCGGUCUAUCUCGUGGACAAGCGUAUCGACAUGUUGCCAAUGUUGUUGGGGACGGAUUUGUGUUCGUUGAACCCGUACGUCGAGAGAUUCGCCUUCUCCGUCAUCUGGGAGCUUGAUUCCGAUGCCAAUAUUGUCAAGGUGGACUUUAUGAAGUCGAUUAUCAAGUCCAGAGAGGCGUUUUCCUACGAAAAGGCGCAGCUCAGGAUUGAUGACGAGUCCAACCAGGACGACUUGACCAAGGGGAUGCGAAUCUUGUUGCAGUUGUCGCGUAAGUUGAAGCAGAAGCGUUUGGAUGCCGGUGCGUUGAACUUGGCCUCGCCGGAGGUUAAGGUCCACAUGGACAGCGAAACGUCGGAUCCAGCAGAGGUGGAGAUCAAGAAACAGUUGGCCACCAACUCGUUAGUCGAGGAGUUCAUGUUGCUUGCCAACAUUUCCGUCGCCAGAAAGAACUUUGACGCCUUUCCCCAGACCGCCAUGUUGAGACGCCAUGCAAACCCGCCAGCCACCAACUUUGAGAACUUGAACGACAUGUUGCGGGUCAGAAAGGGCAUGGCUGUUUCGCUUGAGUCAUCCAAGGCGUUGGCAGACUCCUUAGACAGAUGUGAGGACCCUGCCGACCCGUACUUUAACACGCUUUUACGUAUCAUGGCUACGCGGUGCAUGAUGGCCGCGGAGUACUUCUCUUCUGGUUCCUACGGAUACCCUGAAUUCCGCCAUUACGGUUUGGCGGUAGAUAUCUACACUCAUUUCACCUCUCCAAUCCGUCGUUACUGCGACGUGGUUGCACACAGACAGCUCGCUGCCGCCAUUGGCUACGAGCCGUUGGACUUGUCGCAUCGAGACAAGGGCAAGAUGGAGACGGUGUGCAAAAACAUCAACCGGCGCCACAGAAACGCUCAGUUCGCCGGCAGAGCCUCGAUCGAGUACUAUGUCGGUCAGGUGAUGAAGAACAACGAGUCCACCCAGCUGGGGUACGCGAUCCGCGUGUUCUCCAACGGUAUUGUCGUCUUGGUGCCAAAGUUUGGGAUCGAGGGGUUGAUCAAGUUGGAGUCUUUGGGUGACAUAAACUCCGCCAGGUUUGACGAGGAGAACUACUCGUUGACGUUUACGGACCAUACCGGUGCCGAGAGAACCAUUGCGGUAUUCGACCAGGUCGAGGUGGAUAUCAAGUCGGUACUUGAUGAGGUCACCAGUAAGCGUAAGGCUGAGUUGUUCUUGAAAUAGCCAAGGUGUGUAUAUUAAUCGUAUAGAUGUAUUUGUUUAG